AUGGCCACAUAUCUCAUGAAAUUUGUGCCUAAGUUCUCACAGGAAACGUCUAUUUUAAGAGAUCUGCUAAAGAAAGACACAAAUUGGAUUUGGGACUCUCAUCAUGAUGAAGCAUUCUCAAAAGUUAAAGACUUGCUACAGUCAUCUACAAUUCUCCAAUUUUUUGACAGAGAUAAACCCAUAGUGCUCUCUGUAGAUGCAACUAGCACAGUUAUUAAUGCUUUGAAAACUUGCUUUGCUCGUUUUGGAGUUCCUGAAGAAAUUGUCGGAGACAAUGGACCACCAUUUGAUUCCAAAGAGUUCAGUGAAUUCUGUACAAGUUGGGAUAUACUCCACAACCCAUCUAGCCCAGGAUACCCCCGUUCAAAUGGACAGGUUGAAAGAUGUGUACAAACCAUCAAAUCAAGCCUCAACAAAGCUGCUCAAGACAAUAAGGAUCCUCAUCUAGUUUUGAUGGAGUACAGAAACACUCCCAUGGAUGGUCUGCCUUCUCCAGCUGAGAUCUUAAUGGGUCGUCGGAUUCGCACCCUGAUUCCAGUUCUACCGUCACUGCUCAAACCUCAUUACGACUAUGUUAGUGUAUUUUAUUACCAUCAUCCAUUGACAUGGUAUGAAAAGUUUGAUCUGACAUUUAGUGGAUGA